GCUUUCACCAGCAUUGAAGCUCCAUCACCAGUUACAAGACUCUCAAGAUGAAUCCCGCACCAAUAACCCGCUUGCUACCGAAGCGUCCCAUCUACCGCUGUCUCAACUUCCCCCGCACUCCCGUUCGCACGCCGCAAAGAUGCCGCUACAACAGCACUCGAGAUGCCAUUACGAAGGACUACAAUGGCAGCAACGCGGAUGCAUACAUGAAGGACCCGCUUCGCAGGGAAGAAAUCGAAAGACGUAAACUGAUUCAAGGAAGGAACCGCGCUGCGCUGGGUGCUGCCCUGUGCAUGCUUCUCCCAAUUGUGAUAAUACAAUUCUACGACCUCGACGAUCUAUCGAACAAGAAGAAAGAGUCCAAUUCCACCCCAAACUUCAGCAGUAGCAGCUCCUCCUGGUUUCCGUCUGACCGCGCCGACGCUCCCGCCUCUGCGACCCGCGAUUUCCAAGGAAAGCCUGUAGUAAUAACUGACAGCAACGAGGAGCUCGUACCCACAGGGACAUCCUAUGUACCAUUCUUCCCGCGCAGCAUUCAGCUACCCACCACCAGCGGACCCGAAGCUGCCCCCUCAUCAGAGGAAUAUACCCUCCUAGGCCUCGGCAUACGCAGAGUGUCCUUCCUUGGCGUCCAAGUCUACGUCGUGGGGCUUUAUGUCAAGAACUCCUCUCUGCCUCUCCUACAAUCUGCUCUCAUCAAGCAUAUUAACCCGGCCGCCUCAACACUUAUACCCGGUGAAAAAGACGACCUGCGGAGAGCACUGCUGGAAGGGGAGAGCUCGGAGCGAAUAUGGGACGACGUACUACAGCGCCGCGGUUUGGACGGUAUUGAAAUGGCGCUUAGGGUUGUUCCAACACGGGGAACGGACUUCAAGCAUUUGCAGGAUGGGUGGAUGAGGGGUCUUACGAAUCGCACCCAGGACACGCAGAGAAGGCAGCAGCAGCUACUUGCGAAACAGCAGCAGGAGCAGCAAAAGAAGAUCAGCCUCCCGAAGCCGGUCGACCCAUCAGAUUUUGCGGAUGAAUCGUUCGGCGAGUCUAUGAGGGCGUUUAGGUCGCUGUUCGCUGGUCGUGGCAAGGCGGCCAAGGGGUCCGUCAUUACCUUCACUCGGGAUUCAGAGGGCGUGUUUCGCGCAUUGUAUCAGCCACAACCACAGGAACAGAAUCUGAAGAAAGGGAAGAAGGACGGGCAGUUUGUGCAUCUUGGAGAGGUCAAGGACGAGCGAGUUAGUCGGCUGGUAUGGGAACUCUAUCUUGGGGGAAAAAAUGUAAGUUCUGAGGAGGCAAGGAAGAGCGUCGUUGAGGGAUGUAUAAACCUAGUUGAGAGACCGGUUGGAAGCGUAGAAGGGAUGGUAGGCAGUUUGUAGCAGGCCUAUGGUGGACUGUACUAUAUGCUGUAGUUCUAGUUGGCAAUGGGCCUGGUAUAUAAAAGCAUGUCUGUAUAUCUAUCUAUCCGAGACGUUAUUCGCAUAUC